CUUUCACUUCUUUCUCUCUCUCCCUGAUUUUCCUCCGUUGCAAACCAAGCUUCUUCCUGUACUUUCAUGGUGUCCUUCUCAUCCACUCAAAAAACCCACCAACCAUUUCAUCACUCAUCUUUCUUUUUGCUUUUAAUUUCCGCUCAAAUCCUCAAGAACUGGAUCUCCCCUGCUUUCUUUCCUUUGUGUGAAAGGUUUUUUUUUUUUAACAGUUUUUGGCCCACAUCUGUCAAACUUCUGCUUCUAAACUACUCUUCUGCAAUGUUGUUUUUGGGGUUUUGGGUUUUGGUGGGUUGGGUUAUUUGAGGCUUGCACAGCUCUACUCUCCUUGAUUCUGUUAGGUGAAACCAGAGGUUUUUGCUUGUUGGUUUUUUUUUUUUUUUUGCAAAUAGUUUAUUGGGUGGAGAGAAGAUCAAGAGAUUUAAGACUCUAAGAGGGUUGAAUCACCAAAAAGGCUUGAAGUUUGGAGCUGCAUCUCUCGAGCGGCCGGACUAAAAUCAAGAUACAUGGUCAUGUGCAUUUUUAUGUGGAAAAUUAACUAAAAAUUGGAAAUGUCAGAAGCUUGGGUUUUUUGGUUGUCAUUUUCAAAAUUUCAUAGGAAAUUAGAUGUAUGUUUAGCAUCCUGAUAUCUUUAAACAGUUUCUAAGUAAUCCCAAUUGUUUAUCUCUUUGUGGAUAGUGUGUUAUUGCUUGCUAACUAAGCGACAUUCUUUCAAUCUUCUUCAAAUUCCAUGUUGAAGUAGAUGGAUUCUUAGUGCAUGUGAUUAAAAGAUCGAUUGUGAACAAUAAUACAUGUUCUCUUGUCUAUCAUAGAUGUCAUCUUCUGACUCCCUUAAUGCUGAACUAUCGAAAAAGACGUCGUUUUUUGGGCUGAAACUGUGGGUUGUGAUUGGCAUCUGUGUGGGAGCAUUCAUUGUGUUGAUACUCUUUCUCUUAUCCAUAUGGGUCAUGUCUCGGAGGAAAUCAAGGAGGGCCCAUGACAAGUUCCCGCUCUCCCAAAUUCCGAACGUCUCGAAGGAGAUCAAAGUUGACAGAGUGGGAUCCAACUUCUUAUCUCAUAAUUCUGAGGAUUGUGAAGGUGCUCUUGGUAGUGUGCAAGAUAAAUCGUUCGAGAAGCAUUCAGAGAAGAUGCUUGUACAUUUGGGUAUGAGUAAAUCUAGUGAUGGUGAAAAUGUCAGCCAAUGCGGCUCUGCUCAUCAGCACGACAGGUGUGGUAGCUCGCAUUCAGGGGACGAAGUAAGCUCGGGGACUGGUAACAUUCGAAAGCCGUCUUCUUCACAUGGGCUUGUGACUGCAUCACCAUUAGUUGGUCUGCCUGAAUUCUCGCACCUUGGAUGGGGCCAUUGGUUUACUUUGAGGGAUCUAGAGUUCGCAACCAGCCGUUUCUCAAAGGAGAACGUGCUUGGGGAAGGUGGAUAUGGGGUUGUUUAUAAGGGGCGGCUCAUAAAUGGAGCUGAAGUUGCUGUCAAGAAGCUCCUCAACAAUCUGGGUCAGGCGGAGAAGGAAUUUAGAGUGGAAGUAGAAGCCAUAGGCCAUGUCCGACACAAGAAUCUGGUGCGGCUUUUGGGUUAUUGUGUGGAAGGAAUUCAUAGGAUGCUGGUGUAUGAAUAUGUGAACAAUGGCAAUUUAGAGCAGUGGCUUCAUGGAGCUAUGCGUCAAUAUGGUGUCCUUAGUUGGGAGGCCCGAAUGAAGGUUAUCCUUGGCACUGCGAAAGCGCUCGCAUAUUUGCAUGAAGCGAUCGAACCAAAAGUCGUUCACCGAGACAUAAAAUCAAGCAAUAUUUUGCUCGAUCAGGAAUUUAAUGCCAAGGUUUCUGAUUUCGGUUUGGCAAAGCUCUUGGGUUCAGGAAAAAGCCAUAUAACAACAAGAGUUAUGGGAACGUUUGGGUAUGUGGCGCCCGAAUAUGCAAACACCGGAUUAUUGAAUGAGAAGAGCGACAUUUACAGCUUUGGUGUACUCUUGCUAGAAGCAGUUACUGGUAGAGAUCCUGUGGACUACGGUCGACCUGCAAAUGAGGUGAAUCUUGUCGAGUGGCUUAAAACGAUGGUUGGGAGUAGAAGGGCAGAGGAAGUUGUGGACCCAACCCUCGAAGCUAAACCAACAAACCGGGCUCUAAAACGCACCCUUCUAAUUGCACUUAAAUGUGUUGAUCCUGACUCGGACAAAAGACCGAAAAUGGGCCAAGUCGUUCGAAUGCUUGAAGCGGACGAGUUCCCGCUUCGUGAGGAUCGGAGGAGCAGGAGGAGUCACAUGGGGAGCAUGGAAAUUGAGUCUAUGAAGGAUAAUGUGGACCCCAUGGACAUGGAUAUCAAGGUGGAGAAAUCCGAGAGUUAGGGAGGUCUGCGAGGCUGUUUCAUGGAUAAAGUCCUACAAUGCAACAAAAACAAAGCCAUCGAAAGAUCAUAGUACACUUCAAAACUCAUGGUUCAAACGAUUGCCCACCAGGUUAAAAUGGGUUGAAAUGAGGAUUCUUGUCAUGGGCUUUCAGAUUUUAGGCUGUUUGAUCGACUACGACCCACCUUGCUACGAAUCACGAAGCAUCAACAGCCAUUGAGAAAUGCCCUCUUCUUUGAAAAUCCUUUGACACCCAGAAGCUGCAUUUUGUUGUACAGAUUUGUCUAGGAGUUGAGUUGGGCAUUUGCUGCAUCUGCCAUCUUUUUCUUUUUUUAUUUUUUCCCUUGUUUUUCAUUUCUUUAACUGUUAUUGGAGUGGCCAAAAACACUCAUUUUUACUACACUUUCUCAUCCACUCACUCCUGUCUUGGUUAGUAAGGAAUUUUAAUGAUUAUUUACCCCAUCUUUUUCA